AUGGAAAAAAAGCAACAGACACAGAAUGGGAAAAAGCUCAGAAUCAGACACUUGACGGGACAAGAGAGCAGACACAGGGAAGGACAAGAGAGCAGACACAGAGAUGGAAACGACAACGGACACUGGAAGGGACAAGAGGGCAGACACAGAGAGGGAAACGACAACAGACACUUGACGGAACAAGAGAACAGACACAGAGAAGGACAAGAGAGCAGACACAGAGAGGGAAACGACAACAGACAAUUGAAGGGACAAGAGAGCAGACACAGAGCGGGAAACGACAACAGACACUUGAAAGGACAAGAGAGCAGACACAGAGAAGGACAAGAGAGCACUAAUAGAGAAGUACAAGAGAGCAGGCACAGGGAAGGACAAGAGAGCAGACACAGAGAUGGAAACGACAACAGACACUUGAAGGGGCAAGAGAGCAGGCACAGAGAAGGACAAGAGAGCAGACACAGGGAGGGAAACGACGACACGGGAAGUGCAAGAGAGCAGACACAGAGAAGGACAAGAGAGCAGACACAGAUAGUGACACGACAACAGACACUUGACGGGACAAGAGAGCAGAUACAGAGAAGGACAAGAGAGCAGACACAGAUAGGGAAACGUCAACAGACACUUGACGGGACAAGAGAGCAGACACAGAGAAGGACAAGAGAGCAGACACAGAGAAAGAAACGUCAACAGACACUGGAGGGGACAAGAGGGCAGACACAGAGAAAGACAAGAGAGCAAACACAGAGAAGAACAAGAGAGCAGACAGAGAAGGAAACGACCACCGACUCACAGAGGAACAAGACAAAAGACACAAAAAUUUAUGAGAAAAUAGUCACAUGGACACAGAGGCGCCAGCAUCGAAAAGUAUGCAGCCCCCACUUAAAAUAA